AUGUCAAUGGCUCACCAUAGUGAGAUCAACGGCGUCGCCACUUACGCGACCAAAAGCACACCCAAUGGCACCAACAACGGCGUCGGUGUCACGUCUGAAACCUUCCCUGAGCCAACUGCCCAUGCCGGCGAUAUACAAAGUCUGAAAGGCGCGAGCACAGUAUUGAAACCUCUGCCAGCAUACACACCCAGAAAGCUUCGCGUUAUCACGAUUGGCGCCGGCUAUUCGGGCCUCACCCUGGCCCACAAGUUCCAGCAUCAACACAGCGACCUUGCCGACGUGAUCGACCACACGAUCUACGAAGUCAGGUCCGAGCUAGGCGGCACUUGGCUGGUAAACACCUACCCUGGCGUUGUCUGCGAUGUUCCGUCGCACAUCUAUGCUUUCCCAUUUGACCCCAAUCCUAGCUGGACUCGGUUCUUCUCAACCGGCCCUGAAAUCUGGGCAUACAUGAAGAAAACGGCUCAGAAGUGGAAUCUCGAGCGGGACGUCAAAUACAAUCAUCGAGUCACUGGCGCCUAUUGGCAAGAAGGUCGCGGUCAAUGGCAGGUGAUGGUCGAGCAUAACAAUAAUAUCAUAGAGGACUAUGCGGACAUCUUAAUAUCAGCGCAAGGCUUCCUGAACACCUGGAACUGGCCAUCGAUUCCUGGAUUGUCGCAAUUUACGGGCAAGAAGGUCCAUUCGGCCAGUUGGGACCACGAAUACGACUACAGCAACAAGAGAAUCGCCGUGAUCGGGAACGGGUCAUCGGGAAUUCAAAUCCUGCCUCAACUGGCCAAAUUACCGGGCACGAAGGUAACGAGCUUUCAACGAGGGCCUACGUGGGUGGUCAGCACCAUGAACCCGGCGUCCCUGCUUGGAAAGAACGACCAUGCAUAUAACCCUGAGUACACCGCCGAAGAGAAGCACGAAUUUGCGAACGAUCCCGGGAAACACCAUGAAUAUCGCAAGAAGAUAAUACACAGCAUCAACGACGGUUUCAAGAUGUUUGUGAAGGGUUCGGAGCUCAAUCGGCAGAUUUAUGAUCUUGCCCGUGGACAGAUGUCGAGCAAAUUACAGAACGACCCGGAACUCUGCGAAUUACUCAUUCCGAAGUGGGAGCUGGGUUGUCGGAGGAUCACCCCGGGCGAAGGUUAUCUGGAAUCCUUCUUGCGCGACAAUGUUGAGCUCACUCAAAGUCCCAUCACAAGGAUUGAUGCCGACAGUGUCGUUACCGCCGAUGGAAAGACCUACAAGGUGGAUGUUGUCGUGUGCGCCACCGGAUUCGACGUCUCCUAUCGUCCUCAGUACCCCGUCGUUGGUCGUCACUCGGUGAAUCUCGCCGACAAAUGGGCGGACGAGCCUUCAUCCUACUUGUCACUCGCGUCGGCCGACAUGCCAAACUACUUCAUGUUCACCGGCCCGAACGCAUUAAUCGGCCACGGCUCUCUGAUGGAGAGUUUGGGAUGGAGCGCCGAGUACAUGAUCAAAUGGAUCCGGAAGAUUGCCUCGGAGGACAUCAAAGCCGUCGUCCCCAAGCAGAGCGCUGUGGACGACUUUAUUGUCUAUUCGGACCAGAUCCACCAGACCUUGACCUGGACUGGGGCCUGUCGGAGCUGGUACAAGAGCAACACCGUCGACGGGCGCGUGACGGCCACCUUUGCCGGCAGCGCGUUGUUGUUCAAGCGGCUUCUCCAGGACCUGCGGGCCGAAGACUUUGACAUUGAGCCAAGAGAGAAGAACCGUUUUCGUUUCUUGGGCAACGGAUUCUUGGAAUAUGAGUUGCAACAGGGAAAUGACCUAGCUUGGUAUGUGGAAAAGUAG